AUGGUCGGGCUCGUCAUGGCCCUGCUGCGGGGAUCCGUGGCCAGAGUCAGCGUCAACGGCAUCCUCACUGAUGCCCUGCCCCUGGACAGAGGCACCAAGCAAGGUGACCCUCUCUCCCCGACGCUCUUUGUCCUGGUCAUCGAGGCACUGGCAGCAGCAAUCAACGCCGACCCAUCCAUCGUGGGCCUGCCGGUGUCACCGCCCCUCGACACAUUAGUCGACGGCAAGAAAGUCUCGACCGUCCGCAAGAAGGUCAAGCUUCUCCAGUUUGCCGACGACACUGCAGCGCCAGUCCAGAUAGAAGUGGUACAUCAGAGGGGGGAGGGCGUAAGACUUGAGAGCUGCAACCUUGUCCUGGGCGAUGCGGACCGCAGUGUGGUGCUUUCAGACUUGAAGAGCGAGAGUCUGCCGCGGAGGGAGCUGAUGAGAGUCUUGAACUUGGAGUAG